AUGGACAACCAGGAGGCUUGGGAUUUAGAGAUCACCUUCCAUGAAGCUAAUGGCGAAAACGAGAGUGAGGUCGAAGAGACUGAUUUCGCCAACUUAGCAGAUAGUCAUAGCGAAAAUGACGAAAUUCAAAACUGUCUUGGUGGCUACGAAUACGAAUUUGUAGACGAGACAACUGACAACCAGAAGUGUCCAGUGUGCCUUUUUCCGAUGAGGGAUUCCGUGCAAACUGAGUCAUGUGGCCAUAGACUUUGUAGAGAAUGUCUAAACGGGAUUCCGAGGUAAGCUGUGCGAAGCGUUGUGUAGGUUAAAAGAGUUACAGUGACAGAAAUAAAGCUUCGAUCCUUUCAGUGUGCCUAGCUAAGCAAUUUCCUUUAUUUCGGUAAAGACACGUGGUGAUUAGCAUGAUGCAACAUGCAACCGAAGAAGUACAAGUCGUGGCAACUGAAAAUCUAUGAAAAGACGUAAGGAUUCUCACUAACCUGUCUCAUUACUAGGUAGUAGUUUGCUCAGUGCGAUUGACUUUGUGUAACUCCGCUGAGUACUUGGAAUAAAGUCCUUUAUUUCUACACGUGGGUAGGCUCGAAACGCGUGUGCUGAAUGCCAAAAUCUUUAUAUAACAAAGUAAUUCUUAGAGUGGCACUAUUAAGCUCUUAUAUUGAAUAAGAAGGGCGUAAUUCCUCUGUUUAACGUAGCAAGAUAGACCACAAAACGUACGAGGUAAAUUUUCAUCACUAGAUAUAUAGAUAUUGUGUUUUAGACUAAAGUGAGUGUAUUUCUCUGUUAUUUGCAGGAGUGGUAAUCCAGUUUGUCCAAAAGAUCGGGGAAGAAUUGAUAAUGUAAUAGAAGUAAUUAUUUCUUCCUGUGUCCAGAAGGCGUGUACUGAAUCACUCUUCGGAAAAGCAUAGCCUAAGGUUUACUAAUCCAUAGCUGCGCCAUCAGACCACACUUGAUUGUGGAAAUGCAUCUAUUGCAAGUGAUUACAUGGUUUGCUGAUAAUAUUCGAUUUCCGUGAACGAUACAACUUUUUUAACAGACUUAAUUCAAAGUGGAGCACAAACACUGUUGAGUAAACAGGGAUCAGCGCUAAGAUUUCCUCUUUUUCUUUACUAUAUUCAUGUUUAUAAAAUGCCCUUAACAUUUCAUGAUACUGCUUUGAACUAGGUUAAUUUCUUCGUCAAUGCCCUCUUAGAUUUAAUAUUUCUGUGGUGUUUUAAACGCUUUUUAAGACAUUUCUUAUGGGCUUUCAUAGAUUUUAUCUUCUGAUCGAUUUACCUCUAAUUUUCCGCACCAUACAGUUCUAUCCUGACAAGGCCUUUGCCAGGGAAAUGUUAUGCUUUCGAGUUAAAUGCUUACAGAGUGAGAGAGGAUGUCUCUGGAUUGGUCAGUUACGACAUGCAGAGGUAAAAUAAAAGUUUGAUUGGUUUAAGUAAUGAUUGAAAGUGGAAACCACGAUAUACGUUUUUAUACGAUUGAAAACCUGUUAUGAAUGUUGCAACAGUUAGCUACGUCAGGCGAUCACAGUAAAAUAUACGACUGAUUAUGUGACUGAAAGAGUCAUUAAAUUGAAUGUGUAAAUUAAAGGACUCUAUGCACUUCCAAAAAUUCAACCAGCUAACAGUUUCCUUCCCACGACAGGAACGUAUUGGUGAGUGUUCUCAUGAAGAUCAAAACUGUUUGGCGUGCGACGCUCUUGCUCAAAGGCGACAUCUAGAAACGCAUUAA